AUGACUCCGAUCGAGAAAGCGCUUGCAGCAGUCGAUGCGCAAGAUCCCAAAGAACGACUUUCGUAUAGAGCAGCUGCGAAAAAGUUUAGUGUUGUGUUGUCAACGUUGACGCGCCGCCACCACAAACAAACCCAGUCCUGUGCAGCCGCCGCAGAAAACACGAAAUUACUCACUACACAACAUGAAGCUGAGCUUGUAAAGUAUAUACAGAAGCUUUCUAGUUGUGGGCUUGGACUUACUAGGUCCAUAAUAAAAAAUUUUGUGUUAAAUAUUGCGGAAUAG